UCUUAUAAUUUUAUUUUAAUUCUCUCAAUUUUUACUAACACUUUAAUUUUUUACACGAAUGGGGCAAAUCUCUUUGAGCAUUGACUCAGGCAAUGAAUCUUCUUCCAAGUUUGACGACGAUGGCCGAGUAAAAAGGACCGGUACGGCGUUGACGGCAAGUGCACAUAUAAUAACGGCCGUUAUCGGAUCGGGUGUGUUAUCCUUAGCAUGGGCCAUCGCUCAAUUGGGCUGGAUUGCGGGCCCCAUCGCCCUAAUGGCAUUUUCUUUUAUUACAUGGUUUACUUCAAUCCUAUUGGCUGAUUGCUACCGAUCCAAUGAUGGCUCUAGAAAUUACACUUACAAAGAUGUUGUCAGAUCUCACCUUGGAGGAUUAAAAGUACAACUAUGUGGGAUAGCUCAAUCAAGCAACCUUGUUGGUUCUUCUAUAGGUUACUCAAUCACAGCCUCAAUUAGCAUGGUGGCCAUGAUAAGAUCGAAUUGCUUCCACAAACACGGGCACGAAGCCGGUUGUCACAUGUCGAACAAUCCCUACAUUAUAGGUUUCGGAGCCAUGCAAAUAAUCAUUAGCCAGAUACCGAACUUUCAUAAGCUUUCUUGGCUUUCGUUCGUUGCUGCCGCGAUGUCGUUCGCGUACUCCUCGAUCGGGCUUGGUCUCGCCAUAGCCAAGAUUGCGGGUACGGGAGGGAAAAUAGAGAGUAGCCUUACCGGAAUACCGAUCGGGCCUAACAUGUCGAGUAUGGACAAGAUGUGGAAUACCUAUAACGCCCUUGGAAACAUUGCCUUUGCUUAUGUUUUCUCUAGUGUCCUCGUUGAGAUACAGGACACGAUAAAAUCAGGGGUACCGGAGAAUAAAGUAAUGAAGAAGGCUACUUUGGCGGGAAUUUCGAUUUCCACCGUUUUCUACAUGUUAUGUGGGGUUUUAGGGUAUGCUGCAUUUGGCAAUGAUGCCCCUGGAAAUUUCCUAACCGGGUUCGGCUUCUAUGAGCCUUUUUGGCUCGUCAGUUUUGCUAAUUUAUGUAUCGUAAUUCAUCUCGUCGGAGCUUACCAGGUAUUUUGCCAACCGAUAUUCGGGUUCGUGGAGGAUUGGAGCAAAGGAAAAUGGCCGGAAAAUAAAUUUAUAACGGAGGAAUAUUCCAUCUGGGGCUUCAAAGUGAAUUUUUUGAGGCUCGUUUGGCGAACGUGUUACGUGAUAUUCACAACGGCUUUAGCUAUGUUAUUUCCAUUCUUCAAUGAUUUUGUCGGAUUUCUUGGAGCUAUUACGUUUUGGCCGUUGACCGUUUAUUUCCCGAUAGAGAUGUACAUUGCAAGAAGAAAGAUUCCAAGAUUCUCUUUCACGUGGAUUUGGAUGGAGAUUCUUAACGGUAUUUGCCUCGUUAUAUCACUUCUUGCAGCUGCCGGUUCUAUUCACGGGCUCGUAAAAUCGCUUAGACUUUUCAAGCCUUUUCAUUCGGUGUCUUAAACUAGAAGCCGUAUAUUUUCAUUUGUCGAAGUGUCAAUUUUUUUUUUCUUUUUUUUUUUUCCCGAUAAAUACUUCCGUUUUUUUUAUUUGUCAAUCGAAUUUAGAUUGAAUUGACUUCUUUAUAUGUGCUAGUUUUUUAUGGUGCUUAAUGUAGCUUUUUAUGAUCUUACACAUGAUUCAACCAAAAUUUCGAAG